AUGGAAAGAAGGUGUCUCUACAAACCGCUAAAAGAGUCCAUCAUUUACGACAUUGUGCAUGUCUGGUCAGUUCAAAAAGUUGCGGACUUUUUGAGAAACCACGCAGCCGAAUGGGAUUUUCAAGCGGAUACGAUGAAUUCGAGAAGGAGAACAGCCCUUGAUAUUUUGGUGGCCAAAAUUCGAUCAGAGAGGGACAACGAAGUCAUCAGACUACUGCUUGAAUUUGGUGCCAACCCGUUGUGGAGAGACUCUGAAGGAAAAACUACGCUUAGUAGGAUCAUGCGACAUACCAACGAUACAGAACUUAUAAUAACUUUCCUGGAAAAAGUAGAGGACAUAAACGUUACCCUAGACGCAAUGGGUGCUAACCCACUUUAUAUCGCAGUGGAUAAGGAGAAAGUGGAAGUUCUGCAAUAUAUCAUGAGCAGAAAUCCACUCCUGAACAUCACCAUUCACAGAGGAGUCUCCCCACUACACGAUGCGGUAUUGGCAAGGAAUCCAAACAUCUCCAGGAUACUGCUGGAAAACGGAGCGGAUGUCAACAUCCAGGAUGACGACGGUGAGACGCCUAUCUUCACUGCGCUCAACGGAAACGAUUCCAUCGAACAGAUCAACAUCCUGUUGCAAUACGGAGCUGACCUGAAAGCCCAAGACAACAUGGGAAGAACUCCCCUUCAUAUGCUCUGUGCCAGCGAAGUGGGCAUCAGGUUAGACAUCUUAAAACUACUCUUAGAGUCAGGAGCCGACCCUAGAGCCACUGACGCAGUUGGAAGGACGCCACUGGAAAGUUACACGAGAAAUGACAUAACCUACAGGGAUGUGAAACAUUCGGUGGUGGUGACGGACAUGCUGAUGGACUACGGUGCUCAAUUGAAUGUGAGGAACGUGCACGACCAGACGCUGCUCCAUGUUGCUGCCAUGUCAUGCCCUUGCACCUUCAUCAGGUACAUUAUCCAUAAAGGAGCAGACACGAACGCUCUGAACGGACAGGGCGUAACCUUCUUGGAACACCUCAAAUUGAGAGGUGCAUGCUGGAGGAAAGUGUUACAAAUGCUCCUACUGAAAGAAUUCUUGGGCAAAUUCAAUUUCGGCGAGAACCUGCAGCAUACGAUUCAGACCCACGACCAAUUUUCGAUCUACGUGGAUGGCGCUAGGAGAGAACUGGCGUUGCUAAGUGAUCCCCACAGAGACAGCGAUUGUCCAUCUAGGUUCGACCUCCUGAUCUCCAGGGAAAAGAGAGCAGUGAGGCUUUGUGAAAAUCCGGGUCUUAGGUUGGCAAUGUCCGGAAUGGAUGUCGAUCAGUUUCCGAUUUUCGGUGAGAGACUGAAGACACAGUACGACGAUGCCUGUAGAAGGGCUAGCGGUGAAGCUGCAGCCGAAGAGUUUUUUUUCGAAAUAUCGAACGGUCGGUUGGAUAGGUAUGCGUCUUGGCAUAUUAUUAAGUUCCUUCCUAAUGAUAGUCUCUGGAAUGUCCAGAAGUGCUAUCAAGAUAUGAUGAGAGAUCGAAUGUGCACCGUCUAA